AUGCUCCGCGAGGGCAAGGUGCUCCGCCACGGUACGUGCAUCUCGUCGCUCGCCGAGAUCCCAUACUUCGACCCGUCGUGGCCGAGCCGUCGCCAGGCGCUCGGGCUCGACGAGCCCGACGAUUUUGAGUACCGCGCUCAGCGCGACGCGUACUAGCGGGCGCGCUCUGCUCGACGCAGAAGGGAGUGAAAUGCAGUGCGAGUCUGCUACGGCGGCGCUUGACCGGGUCGGCG